AUGUACACACAGACACAUGUACGUACAUACACACAAACACACAUGUACAUACACACAUGUACAUGCACACACAUACAUGUACAUACAGGCAGACACAUGUACAGAUACACACAUGUACAUACACACACUCACACACACCUACCCUAUAAAAAGUUGCAGUACUUCGUUGUUCACUCACAGAGCUGCACUCUAGGGGGAGGCAGAGAGCACAUCACACAUUCCUUCCUUUGCUUUCACUGCGCUCAGCUAUUGGGCAUUCUGACGGCUCCCAGUGCCAAUGACAGAUCCGGCCUCAGCUCCGAGCCUGCUCAGCAAGACGGCCCUGGGAAACAUACUCACCCCCACCAUAAUUUCCACUCACCAUUGGCGAGCAGGCAAGUGUAAAUUUCAAGGCCUGAUAUA